AUGAAAGUUUUCACUUUACAUGUAAUUCUGCUAACAACUGCACUAAUUUCAAGUGCUCAACUAAUGUAUGCUGAAAAAAAACAUCAACUGGUCAAUGUCAUUGAGGAGCUGAAUGAAAAGCUGCAAAUACAAUGGAAUUUAUUGCUAACAACUGAAUUCAAUGAGCAGUUUGAAGAAGCGCUCAAGGAAAUUGAAAUACCCAAAUUCUCUUUGCUGGCAAAUGUAGAACAAUGUAGGGAAUGCAAUUUGUCCACACAACAUGACAACAAAAUAUUGACAAUGGGCUAUGUAGUAGGUGAAGGCAUGCAACAAAGAGAGAGUAACAGAAAGAUGGUGGAGAGUUUGGCUAAAAGUUUGCUGUGGCAAUUACAUCACACACAUAUUUUGUGGAUUUAUGAAAAUAUCAGCAGCGCAGAUUUACUGGAAUUUGCCAAAGCCCAUUGGAUAGCAGGAUAUAUGAACAUCCUGUAUUUUGUGGAUGGUUAUCUGUAUUCAUAUUCCCCAGUGCCAGAAAUCCAGGUGAAACAACUUCACAACGUUCGCGAUUACUGGGAACGACCCAUGUUGAGAGACUUUCAGCGUUAUCCUCUAACAACUACAGUACUACAGAAUCCUCCUGGUUGCUAUCGUUACAUCAAUCGCAAAGGACGCACUAUAACCACUGGCAUAUAUUGGAGACCCUUGGAAUUGUUUGCCAAGACUUUUAAUUUUAAGCUUCAAGAGUAUCCAUUUAAGUAUGACUCCUUCGACUAUGACGCCCUAGUGCGGGCAAUAAAGGAGCAGCAAAUAGACAUUGUGCCCGGUAGUUUCCAUCGAUGGGGAUACUCAGAUCGAAGUCGGAUUCUAAGACACAUGAACUAUUUCCUAAUUGUGCCCUCACCGGAACUCCUUAAUAAAGAGUUCUAUUUCUAUCUACCUUUCAAAGCAGAGUUAUGGAUUUUUAAUUAUCUGCUUCUAUUAGCCACAUCAGGUUUGUUAUCCUACAUCUCUUUUAGGGAAAAUCGUCUCAAACGCAUGGACUAUAUAAAAUCCCUGAUGUAUAGCCAUAAUUGUUUACUCUAUCAGUUCCAGUUCAGUGUCAAAGGCAAAGGCAUUCUUACUAGAACCCUUAUUUUUGCCUUGUUUUUCUAUGGCUUAAUUGCCAUGAAUUUUUAUGAAGCCAAACUCUCAAGCUUUUUGACCAUAAACAUCUGUGAACCGAAACUUGAAACCUUAGAAGAUUUGAGGGCCACAAAUUUAGUCUUCAUGACUGAUAGAAUGAACAAAAGGUAUAUUGACAACCUAACUUAUGUUCCCGAAAUUAUAUUGCAGCGUUUAAGGUUGGCCAGCUUUCGUUUUCUUUAUAAAGCUUUGAGGGAUCUAAACAACACAUUUGUACAGGGAGCUCCAGACUACAUACUGCAAUUUGCUUUAUUUCAACAGAAAUACUUGUCGAAAUCACUGGUGCACAAAAUUGACACCAUCAUUUACCAGAUGCCGAUUUACUUUACUCUACGCCAUCAAUUGCCUUACAAACAACAAUUUGAUAGAUUUUUGACUCUCCUCUCGUCAUCGGGGUUAAUGAAAAAAAUUGUGGACGAUUCACUAUGGGAGGGGAUUUACAGUGGAGAAAUACGUUUCUUCAGGGAUCACAAGGAUGCUGCCAGAGCUCUAAUUUCAAGUGCUCAACUAUUGAAUUCAGACAAUAGUAAUCGGUUGAUCAAUGUCAUUGAAGAGCUGAAUGAAAAAUUACAACUGCAAUGGAAUUUAGUGCUAACAACCGAAUUCGAUGAGGGAUUCGAAGAAAUUCUAAAGAAAAUUAAGAUACCAAAAUUUUUUAUGCUUGCAAAUGGCAACCUAGAUGAAGGCAAUUUGACCACACAACAUGAUCAGAAAAUGCUGACAAUGGCCUUUGUAGUAGUAGAAGGAGCAAUGAGUGGAGAGUUUGGCUAA